AUGGACGCACCACCGCUGGCCUCGCUUUCUCUGACUCACGUGCGCUACGAUCCCAACGAUAUUCUCUCCUACAUCUCCGCCCACCUCGCAUUGGUUCCACAAGCCCUCGUCAUCGCCUACGUCUCGCUGAUAUGGGGCACGCGAGAGGUAGAGAUCCUGCUCAUGUUCGCGGGACAGAUGGGCUGUGAGGCGUUGAAUUGGUUGUUGAAGAGAUAUAUCAAGGAAGAGAGACCGACUCAAAUGCUAGGCAAAGGCUACGGCAUGCCCUCCUCCCACGCCCAAUUCGUCGCCUUCUUCUCGACCUUCCUAACCCUCUUCAUCCUCCUCCGCCACGACCCCCACAACCACCCUCACGCCUCCAACACUCACAUCCCCACACCCCUAUGGCAACGCCUUGGUCUCGCAGUUCUCUCCUUCAUUGGCGCAGCAGCCGUUGCCCAGAGCAGAAUAUACCUUAACUAUCAUACGCCUCGACAGGUGUAUGUGGGCGUUGCUGCUGGAGUGACAUGCGCGGUGGGUUGGUUUGUGGUUACGAGUAUUGCGAGGAGACAUGGGUUUGUGGAUCAGUUGCUUGAGGUGCCGCCCUUGAAGUGGCUGAGGUUUCGGGAUUUGGUCGUCAAUGAGAGUUUGGAGGAUGCGGGCUGGCAUCGAUGGGAGUUGGCUAAGCAGAGGAGAGCGGAACUCCUGGGGAGGAAGAAGAGGUAG